UCCUUGCGCGCGCCGUCCCCUCUCCCUCCCUGCCUCUGCUCGCUGGGCGGCGUGUGCGGGUGCCUUUAAAUUGCUUUCGCGGGAGCUGCCGCCUGCUCAGUCUCAUCUGUGAUGUAAGAAGAGACUUUUAGGUGUCUGCGCCGAUCGCCUGACUUUCUUUCCUUCUUUCCCCCUUCCCCCCUGCCGCCGGUUCUCCAGCUCGCUCUCCGCGCUGCUGUCCUUGGCCGCCCUGCUGCUGAGGCGGAUUUGCAAAGCCGCCGCCGGGUCCAGCCCGCCCCGAGCUGCGCUGUCCUGGGCGCAGAGGGCGCGCGACUGCCCGCCCGGCUCCUCGCUCAGCCGCCGCGGGUGCGCAGGCAUGGAGGAGCAGCCGGAGUGCAGGGUGCUCUCCAUCCAGAGCCAUGUUGUGCGCGGCUACGUGGGCAACAAGGCGGCCACUUUCCCCCUGCAGGUUUUGGGCUUUGAAAUAGAUACUGUGAACUCUGUCCAGUUUUCAAAUCAUACAGGUUAUGAUCACUGGAAGGGGCAGGUGUUAAAUUCAGAUGAACUUCAUGAACUAUAUGAAGGACUGAAACUGAACAAUGUAAAUCAUUAUGAUUAUGUACUUACAGGCUACACAAGAGACAAAUCAUUCCUUGGAAUGGUGGUUGAUAUUGUUCAAGAGCUAAAACAACAGAACUCCAAUUUGGUAUAUGUAUGCGAUCCUGUGAUGGGUGACAAGUGGAGUGGGGAAGGCUAUAUGUAUGUUCCAAAGGAUCUUCUUCCAGUUUAUAAGGACAAGGUUGUGCCUGUAGCAGAUAUAAUAACACCUAAUCAGUUUGAGGCUGAGUUACUUACCGGGAGGAAGAUACACACUGAAAAAGAGGCUAUAGAGGUAAUGGAUAUGCUCCACAAUAUGGGACCCGAGACUGUUGUAAUCACCAGCUCAGACCUCCAGGCACCUUCAGGAGAUGAUUACCUGAUAGCAUUAGGAAGCCACAGGAAAACUUCAGAAGAUGGGACCACAGUGACACAGAGGAUCCGAAUGGAGUCUCCUAAAGUAGAUGCUGUCUUCGUUGGUACGGGAGACCUGUUUGCUGCCAUGCUCUUGGCCUGGACCCACAAGCAUCCAGACAAUCUAAAAGUGGCAUGUGAAAAGACAGUGUCAGCCAUGCAGCAUGUUUUGCAGAGAACCAUAACGUGUGCAAAGGCCCAAGCUGGAAAAGGAAACAAACCCAAUUCAGCCCAGCUGGAACUGCGGAUGGUCCAAAGCAAAAAGGACAUAGAAAACCCAGAGAUAAUAAUAAAAGCUACUGUGUUAUAAAGGUUGUAUAUGUCCUAACAACGCACAAUGUAUUGAUGUCCUCAUUUUCUUUCCUGUAAAUUGUAAUGUUUGCCUUAGAUCUGUGACAGAAACCUGACUUCCAUGAAAUAGUGCCCAGCAUAGAUGAGAUCCACUACCAAGCACAUGUGCUGGCCUUGCUCGAAUUAAGAAGAAUGAAAAAAACUAGGUGUAUAUUGCAACUCCCUCCCAGAUAUGAAGAUGGCUGGUUGAUCAAUUCAGUCUUGUUGGAAACCCUGGGUUUGGGAGCACAAGGUUUCUUGCCUUGCCAAAGACUUUCAGAAUGCAUUUGUUAGUGUGUAUAAACUGUGGGAAAGCAUCUUGUGCCAAUUGAGCAGGUUACCUCUCCCCUUAAAUGCAGUGGUUUGGCAGCCUGCUUCAGUGUUUAGUACCUCAAAAAGUAGAGAGAGAUUCAGGCCAAGUGUGGAGAGGGGUCUGCAUAUGGUUAGCUUUUAGGUUCUCUGUCUGUACAGCCCUUGGAAGUAUAAGAAUAUGUUAUUGAGAACAGCUCCCAUGUCUGGUCUGUGAAAAAUUGCAAGACUCCACUAUCCAGAGGUGCUAACCCUUUAAUAUUAAGCAACCAAAAGUCGUCAGGUUUUUUUUGUUUUGUUUUCCCCUUCUUUCUCUCCACAAAAAUACAGAUGAGUAAAAGGCAAUGGUGGUUCUACCUCUGAUAGAAUACACGUGACACAGUUUUAUCAAAAGACUCACAAGAUGCAAGUUUCCUUAAUAAGUACUUCUUAUGAAACCUGAAUAUCCCAUUUCAUCUUGUAAUGGCUAGGUCAGGAGGGGAAUGAAAGUCUUUGUUGUUUGUUGAGACCAAUUCACUGUUUAUGACCACUGGUUAGCGUGCUCCUGCUUCUGGGAUAGAUGAUAAAAAAGACUGUAUAAUCAAUAGGUUUCUCCAGACAUACACUUCCACCAAAGGCACUACACACCAACCACUGCUGUUGUACAACCUCCAUGCCUUUCAAUGACACUUAGGCAGAAAUCUCAUGCAAGCCUGAUAGAAAUGGAUAUAGGUUGCACUGUAGACGUUUGGGAGGCAUUUUACCCAUAUUAUUUAUCAAUGCAACGCCUAUACCUUCAGGAAUAUUACAGGAGUUACUGACAAAUUUUCACUUGAAAAAAUAAAUGAUGGUCCACUCUGGAUGCUCCAGUGAGCAUGUCUGAAUACCUUGGGAAUCAACACAGAGUGCUAGAUUCUGUUACAUGCAAUAAUCUCUUAAAGUUAUUAAAACAAUUUCAGUUCCUCUUAGUUGUUGAUAAUUUAAUAGUGCCAGGACUAAGCAUAUUAAUUCAACUUAGACUUUUAAAUCUGUUUUCCUGUUUCUCUUCUCUCUGUUCCCCACGCCAGAAGAAUUAUGGAUAAACUGACAUUUGUACUCUUUGUUUUAUUUCUUGUUAUUUUCUUGAGAUAAAACAGGGUAUUGAAGCAAUCCAUGGCACUUUGUAAAACACUUGUUGCAGUGUUACUUCCUCUUUCCUCACAAAUGACCAGGGUACUUUCUCCUAAUUUUUAUUAGAACAUCCUUUUCUCUGGAUCUCUCUGGAAAAUAGGAUUUCUGCAAAAAGUGCUGCCAUUAACAGGUGUGCUGCUUGAGUCUUAAAGCUCCAUUGUGCAAACUGUUGUUUGCUGUUGUUAAAAAUCAGCUUUUAAUUACUUUAUUGCAAUGUUUUAAAUUUCUUAGUUGCCUUCUACUAAAAAUGGUCUUGAGGUGAUCUGCAAUAUAACACACAAACAAUAUAGAAACAAUAUAAAAAAAAUUCCUUCCAGUAGCACCUUAGAGACCAACUAAGUUUGUCAUUGGUAUGAGCUUUCAUGUGCAAGCUCAUACCAAUGACAAACUUAGUUGGUCUCUAAGGUGCUACUGGAAGGAUUUUUUAUAUUUUGUUUCGACUAUGGCAGACCAACACGGCUACCUACCUGUAACUAAAACAAUAUAGAAAUAGACAAGAACUAAAAACAGGGGUAACAGCAAUCAACAAAUCAUUCAAUACAAUUAAAAAAACAACACCAGCCUUGCUCCCACUACCAUAGCGCCUCCAAAGAAACGUGUUCAUAACUGUCACUAAGCAAACCAAUUUAAAUGUCUAGCUGUACAUAAGAAUGUUACAUUAACAGUCAUAUGCCUGGUGCCAAAACGAUGUUUAUGUUGGUUCAAGGUAGGCCUUGAUGGGGACAACAUUCUAAAAAUGAGGGGCUGCAAUUGAAACAUUUCAGCUUUUUCAUUCAUUUAAAAUACCCAUUUGUCUAAUCAUUGUGGUUGUAAAUGUAAGCUUGUUGAUAACUUAUUCCUACUGUGGUCCCCAGUGUCGCACAAGUUCCCCACCCUUCCCUGUAUCAGGGAUAGGACAAUGUAUGGCCUGCCAAGGUUUUUCUCAAUAAAAGCUUUUCCCACCAGCCUCAGAUGAGCACGACAGCAACAUGGGGGCAUAGUCACAGGAAGGUGGUGAAACUCAUCAGAACAGCUGAAGUAUGAGUGGGGAACCUUUGGCUCUCCAGAUGUUACUGAACUGCAUCUCCCAUCAACCCUAGCAGGCAUGACCAAAGGUCAGGAAUAAUGAGAGUAGUAGUUCAGCAACAUUUCAGAGGCCAAACAUUACACACACAUGAGCUAAAGUUUACAAAAGCUUUACAUUGUAUAUACAUUGCCUGCAGACUUCAAAGUAUGAAUUAAAUCAGGAGUUGCUAUUUUUCAGAACAUAUAUUGACCCAGCAUUCCCUACAAAUUCCAGCCACAGCCUUCCAUCAUAGAUUCAUACCACCCUAAGUAUCCCUAAGAGAUCUUUUGGAAUUACUGCAUCGCAUUCUUGGAGUGCUUUCCUAAUAUAUUUUUUUCCUGGCCUCCUCUAUUAGUUUUGGAAGCAGUGUUUGCUUCUCUUACCACAAAACGGUUAUAUAGGAAGCUUUGGAAUGGCACCAUUCAUUCACUCACUCACUCAUUCAUUCAUUCAUUCAUUCAUUCAUCCAUCCAUCCAUCCAGUAACUGAGGGUGCUUCAUAUAUUAUACAGAAGUGAGAUGAGAAAGAGCAUGAGUGGCUCAUCUCACCUUGGAAGAGUAGACAUUUCAGAAAGCGUGAAAAGGCAAAACACAAGAGAUUCUUAUACUGUCUUCCCUCUACUUCUGCGCAACAUCCAAAUAUGCCCUGAAUGGAUGGGAAAUAAUACCUGGGUUUCUUUAGCAGAACCAACAAUGGCAAUGUGGCUUAUGUAUGUCUAAGCCUUACAUCAAGCUGAGGUUUUGCUUUUUCACAGUGUUUACAGCUAGUUUCAGGGCUCAGUCCCCAACACUUUCCUCUACUCUGUUGUUUUUAGCAGUUGAGGCAAGCUGCAACCGUACUUUUAUCAAAUCUGAAGGGAAAUUCCAUGUAACCAAUUACUCGAUUUUACUGUUACUCCUUUUAGUCACCACUGUUGUGAAAUUGCCUUUUAUAGAUUUAAAAAGGGUAGUUUUAAUUGCAUGAGAUGAUUAUUGCCCUUUCUCAUGCUGACAGUGCCAAAGUAGGCUCUUAGGUUAACAGCUGAAAACCGGUAAUAAUUUUCCUAUUCUCAUACAACAGUAUACACUGCCCUGUAUUCAUAACGAUGCUCAACACAAUUUUCAGGCUGGAGGGAUAUAGUUGUUGAGCAAAACGUAGCUGCAUGGAGAGACAACUUCUAAAGCACAAAUACAUUUUAACCAUUAACCCCAUCCGAUCACAGAACACUCAAAGGAUUAAAGUUUCUUUUUGAGUACAACAUUCUGUGUUAAUAUCCCCAGCAGCUUAAGGAAGCUUGCAAAUUAACAGUCAUGAUAGUCCUGGCCUUCUCUGUGCUUGGUGGGUUUGUUACUGGUAAAACAUCAAUAGAUUUAUAGCAUUAAAAUAUUCAGACACUUUUUUCAAACAACAUAAAGAAUAUUGAAAACUACCCAAUGCUAUACAGUACAGUAUAGAUCUGCUGUGAGCUGAGCCUUCUUGGUAUGUGAGUUAGUUAAGAUCCUACAAAAUCCACAUAAUACUGUCUUUGUCCCUCUUCACUGUAUUGGAGCUAUUAGACAUUCAUUAAAAUUGCAGCACUUGUUUUCCAUAGAUAAAUGGGGAUAAGUAGUUUCAUUAUGUAUGCGUCUUAAAAAUAUUGUUGAGGUGAAUUUUGAUUUAAUGUGGGGUUUUGAUAUAUGAAACUUUCCCAGAUACUUUGCCCAUAGAACACUGGACAAGCCAAUAUGAACUUUGACAUUAGCCAGGAAUCCAGAGAAAGGAAAACUCUUUAUCCCUCCCAAUUUUCAACUUAAUUUCUAGCAUACGCAGGACAAAUCGCACAUCAAAAAAGCACAAGUAAAAAUACUAUUUUUAGUGAGAUUUUUAGAGAAAAUACUCAUAUUAGAUCUUGAUUCUACCCAGAUUAAUUUACAGCACUUCCUUAUUUUAAGUACCGUAAGUCUUAUGCUGCUAACAUGCUGAUUUUUCUUUUCAUUUAGCUGUAACGGACACCCAAGGUUUCCAAUGUUUGUUUGUUUUUUGGAAUUAGAUGCAGAUGGAACAGCUAUUAAAUAUUCUACUUCACCCUUUUAUACUUUGGCACAUUUAUUUAAAGGAGUGAGCAUCUCGUAAGGGUCGUGUCCUAUUUACAGAUCCGCCCAUAGGGAGCCUUACCCUCCAGAAAGAACUGCAGUGCAUGAACCUAUCAGCUGGAGCCAUUACUGAGGCCACAGGAGCAUUUCCCUCAAUAGGGUGCCAGCCAAUACAAUCCCUUCAGAUGUGAGACCCCAUCCUCUGCACUAGUGUAUCAGCUUCUGCAGCGGAUAAGUUAUGGAGAGAGAAAGACAGUGAGGAAAAGCUGAUAAAGUCAGGUCAGAUCCCUUUGGCCAUUGUUUUUCUCUAGAGCAAUGAGAUAGAUCUGGAGAGAGGCGGUCUUUCUAUAGCCAUAGGUCAGAGCCGGCCAACAUGGCACCCUUCAGAUAUUGAACCACAAUUCCCAUUACCCUGAUCAUUGGCCAUGCUGGUUGGAGUGGAUGGGAGUAGAAGUGCAAAACAUCUGGAGAGCGCCAAGUUCACCACCCCUGCCUAGUGAAACUCAAAUGAAGCUAAUUCUCUCCGUCAUAACCACUUAAGCUGCUUUUUUGAAAGGAUCUGGAAUUCUUCCUUCCACCAACCCCCAUAUAUAGGGUAGACCGGGACUAGCUCGCCCAGAGAAUCAGACUUAGAGGAAAGAAGAUGGGCUUAAAGCAAACCAGCAUGUGUCUCUAAUAGUCCCAGAGGCAUAAGUUAAGUGAAUACUGCACUGUUUUUAUGAUUGUCUUCAACUGGAAAGUUAGUGUUAUCAUCCACUGUUGCUAAUUUGUGUUUAAUUCCAUUUUUUGUAAAGAUUUCUCAAUGUACCCGUGCAGCUAUUUUUCUUAUUAUUGUGGUUUCAAUUCUUUGUGAAGCAUAGGGGCUAGCAAGAGCUUAUGUGCAAGUACAUGUGACAGAGCUUUGAAGCUUUCUUUUUUCAAAAAAAAGACUAAUGGCUUUGUGAGGCAAUGGUUUUGAGCAUAAAAAUGAUGGGCAGGGGAAGGGGUUAAGCACUCCCUCCACUACUUCACUUAAACCUCCCCCUUCCAAAUCUGUUGUUUAAAAUGUACAGCAUCAGGAAUCUGUUACAUGCAUUUGCACAUAACCUUUAAUCAGUCCCUCAGCAGGACCAAAACUCAUGUAAAAUGAAGUAUCUCACAAGCUUAAAUCUAGCUUUUAUGUACCCAUAAUACUUUGACUUCCUUGCACUUAACGGCAUUUAGAAAAGUAAAUAGAAACUGUCAUUUGUGAAAUCUUAAUUUUAAAUGUGCUUUUAAGAAGCAUAUGUGUUAAAACUUGCUAUGUUUUAGAUGUUUAUUUGCCAAAUUGCAUUCAAUAUGCAAGAGAUCUGUGCUCAGCGCAAUAUUUUAAAAAAGAAUUAAGAGGACCAAGAUUUCUAGCUAAAGAUACUGCCUUGUUUAAGAGUAACCUUAUACGUAUCUUGAUUGGAUGGUGUUAAUUCAUUGUCUGUCUGGUACUUUUGCAGUGAUUGUACUAGUCUCAAUUUACAAUAUGUGGCAAGAAAGAUUGUAAUAAAGCUAUAUACCGUAUGUUUAAUAACACUGUGCAUAACUAUUGUUAGAUUCUGUUUUGGAUAUGUUUAACCACUACAUAAUUUAUCGGAACAUGAAUAGUUUGAUAGUGUUGCUGAAUCGGGUGGCCUUUUAUUAAGUUUUCAUCCCAUAUUUUAAAAUGUGAACCCUUGUUGGUUUAGGGGCAGGGCCCACAGACAGUAUAUCCAAGGGGGAAGCAAGGUAAAGCCACUGGAAGCGCAGAAUGAGAGGGUCCAUGCAGAUGGCCAAACUACCCUUUAAUGAGCACUUUUGCUUCAACAUAGUGUGGUCAUCUGUAUCAUGCAGUCAGGUUAUGAGGAGGAUCUCAAUGCACAUCUACAGGUAAAAUGUCUGGUAGACUACGCAGUGAAAUGAUUACCUGUAUGCAUGCCAGAAAAAAACUCUUGAGAGGACUUACUGAAAAACUAGAUGUUAACUCUUACUGUCAAGUGUGAGAUGGGACUUCAUUGUUUGCCAUACCCCUUAGGUAACAGGAUUUGACUCUUCCUCUGCUUGUGAGAGUUACUAAUUUGUUGACUGAAAAAAAGAUGUCAGGUCCCUUCAUCCCAACAGGAGUCCAGGGCUCAUAGCUUGCCAUGCCUGGAUAGAUGACUAAUCUGAGCUUGAUUCUAGAUCAAAUGCCUUUUUUUUGUAUUCUCUGCCAGAAUAGUUGGUGAGGAAGUGUAUUGAUGGUGCUGGACUUAAAGGAUUGGGUUGUGUAAAUGGAUUAUUUAUUCCUUCUUCAGGCUGUUUGUAGAAAUAUCUCUGCUUGGGAGAGCUAGGACCCUCCAGUGGACAGAGGAUAUUAGAGCCAGCAACAACCACCAAUUCAGAGAAUCCUAACAGCCUCCCCAUUUUUUCAGUAGUCCCCUGCCCUUUGGGUCUUGGACCUUAAAUAUGAUAGGGCAUGCAUAUUCUGCUGGCUGUGUACAUGGAUAUAUUUUUCCCUCUCCAAGGAGACCCUAAGUACAUACUUUAUCCCCUGAUCCAGUCUCUCUUUGAACCAUACAUUUCUCCAUAAGGCAGCCUGACUUUGAAUGUUGAAGAAGCACAUUGCUGAACUAGGUUCUGCAUUGCCCCAAUAAACAGAUUGUGCAGCUGAUAGAGCAGUUGUAUGGCAUGAGUAGCAGAAUUCCAGCCUAAUUGGAGCACUGAUGAAGUUCCCCUCUUAAGGAUUCUACUUAUGCAAGUGCAUUUGUGCCUUGGUAACUUCUCAGACAUUUAGGAGGCAAAAUUAAGCUAUCUUGUGGAAACAUAAGAACAGGGUCUUCAAAAAUCAUGCCUAGUGAGGAAUUCUGGUAAUAUGCAGAACAGAAGAAACAAAUUGUUCACUUGUUUCCUUUGAAUUAAAAAGAAUCUGCCCAGAAGGGUAGAAAAUGUUGGCUUUUUAGUCAUCCCACUCCUUCCAUGCAGUUUUUCAAAAUUCCACUUCCAGAGUCAUACAAAACAGCUGCUAUCCAUGCAACUGAACUCUAGUAUUCCAAGCUUGCUGGUCUCGGGCAUGUACUUUUCUGAGCAAGGAUGCAUUCUUGAACUGGAGACUUCUGUUAAAAACAAUAGUUUGGGUGCAGAAAAAUAAAGUAAAGGAAGGACACUGAAAGCAUUUCUAACCUUAAACAGACUGUGCCAUAUAAUAAUAAGUGGAAAUGACAUGCAUUAUUUACAUACUGCCUUUUUAUUGCAUUGCUACUUAGAAUAAUAAUUGUGUCUAGGAGAAUGUGGCAUGUGUACUCUGUGUCUGUAUGUACUGAAGUUCUAGCUACAGCGGGGUAGAAGUAGAAUAGGAGGGCUGGCAGUGCAGGCCUUCAGAAAGGGAAAUAAAAUAUAUAUAUAUUUUUAUAGACUGUAAUAUGAUUUCAAGUCUCAGCUGCGCCACAUCAGCCUCUUCCAGGAAUGUAAAUCUGCGAGAUUGGCUAGAAGAGGGUGGCUGUAGAAACGAGAAAGGUAGCUCAGUCAAUCCCAACAGCCCAAGAUGGAUUUAAUUAAUAUAUAAAGAUGCCUUUGAAAUAUAUUUUUAGCUCUAAAAUAUUAAAUGGAUAAAUAUUUACAAGCAAACUUUAUAUGUAUUUGACAUUUGUGUAGUGCUUUGUAUUGAAGAAACUGAUCUGUUAUAUGUUUAUACCUCUUAUUAAUUGUUCUUGAGUUGUAGGGACAAAGAGUAGAUAACUUGUUUAUAUGCCAGAAAAAAUAAUAAUAAUAAUAAUAUGUGGUGUGUAACUGUGUCUAAUGUCAGUGGCCACAAUCCCAAUGAAAAUGUUGUUUGUAUACUUUCUGGUUUGCCACAUGUGACUUUUAUCCAUUUUGUAGUAACGUUUACAUGCUAAAAUAUGUAGGAAGAUGAUAAUAAAGUCAAUGAACUAC